AUGUCAGGCAACUAUGCAUGGCGCAAAUCGGAUACAAUAUUCACAAACGAUCCAUCUACCGACGGCGCAAUGUAUGUGGGAGUCAUUCUGGGAAGUGACAAAACCACUGUCUCUGUAGCCACCGGCCAUGUCGAGUACCAUCCCCUGUACUUGUCUAUUGGCAACCCGCAUAAUUCUGUCCGUCGAGCCCAUCGUAAUGCUGUGACACCGAUAGGCUUCCUUGCUAUACCCAAGGCGGAUCGCAAAUACGACAACGAUGUUCACUUCCGAACCUUCAAGCGUCAACUAUACCAUUCAUCGAUUGCUGCCAUCCUUCAGCCACUUCGAGCCCCCAUGACAACCCCCAUCGUCCGUCAAUGUCCAGACGGCCACUUUCGCCGUGUGAUCUAUGAUCUAGCGGCUUUCAUAGCGGAUUAUCCCGAGCAAGUUAUGCUUGCCGGGAUAGUCCAAAAUUGGUGUGCAAAGUGCACUGCAUUGCCCGAGGACCUUGAUGGAAGCACCGCAGAACGACGGACACGAGAAUAUACCGAGGUCCUAGUGGAAACACUCACUUCAGACGUGUUGUGGGACCAAUAUGGGAUCGAUGAUGAUGUGGUGCCGUUCACCAAUGAUUUCCCGCGGGCCGACAUUCACGAGAUGAUUUCCCCGGACCUGCUGCAUCAAGUCAUCAAGGGUUGUUUUAAGGACCACCUCGUUACUUGGACCUGCAAAUACCUCGAGGAGAUCCACGGGGAAGCACGAGCGAAUGAGAUCAUCGACGACAUAGACCAUCGUAUUGCUGCUACACCUGCUUUUCCUGGGCUCCGAAGGUUUCCUCAUGGUCGCCGGUUCAAGCAGUGGACGGGGGACGAUUCCAAGGCUUUGAUGAAGGUUUACAUCCCCGCCAUAGUCGAAUAUGUUCCUGUGCAGCUCAUAGAGUGUUUCAGCUCUUUCCUCGACUUUUGCUACCUAGUCCGCCGGUCUGAACUUGGUGAAGAUACCAUCGACAAAAUUGUUGCAGCGCUGCAGCACUUUCAUGAGACGCGCGAGAUUUUUCGGGAGUCUGGUGUUCGGCCAAAGGGAUUUGCACUCCCACGGCAGCAUUCCCUUGUGCACUAUGUCCGUCUCAUUCAGGAAUAUGGCGCACCCAAUGGCCUUUGCUCAUCAAUAACCGAGUCUCGCCACAUCACCGCUGUCAAGAAACCAUGGCGUCGUUCAAAUCGUUAUGAAGCACUCGGUCAGAUGUUACUUACUAACCAACGCCUGGAUAAGCUUGCGGCAGCUCGUGUUGAGUUCGUAGCUCGUGGUCUCCUUCCACCAUCUCACUUGCCUCCGCCGACUCGCAAUUCCUUUAACUUCGUAGACGGUGCUGAUGAAGGUGCAGAAAAUGAUGCACCAGAUAUGUAUUUGGUUGAAGGCUCCGUGAUACUAGCUCGAACACCUCAACGUGGCUACCCACGAUCACUUGAAACCCUGGCAGCACAUAUUCGGCAGCCGAAACUCCCCCUCCUUGCUCGUCACUUCCUUUUCAACCAGUUACAUCCCAACUAUGAACAUGAUGUGCACCUGAUCCCCGCGGAUGAACUACCCAUCAUUGACACUCCAAUUGCUGUGUUCCACUCCGCAAUAGCCACUUUCUCGGCUCCAAGCGACAUAUCUGGGACUCACGGCAUGCGUCGCGAGUCAAUUCGAUGCACUCCGUCGUGGCGCCGUAAGGAUCCACGACACGACUGUGUCUUCAUCGUCGAGGACCAGGAAAAAACUGGUAUGAGGGGCAUGAUCAUUGGCCGUGUUAAGCUUUUCUUUUCUUUUCAUUUUGAGGGUGUGACAUACCCUUGUGUGUUGAUCGACAGGUUUUCACGGAUGGGGAGAGGCCCAGAUUCAGUGACGGGCAUGUGGAAGGUGAAGCCCGAGAUUACUGGUGCACACGGAGCUCGUGUUCAGUCUGUGGAGCAUGUCGAUACCAUUCUUCGAAGUGCUCAUCUCAUCCCCGUCUUUGGCAGCGGUCCCCUCCCCGAUGGUUUUCAUUUUGCUCAUUCUCUUGACGUGUUCAAUUCUUACUAUGUAAAUAAGUAUGCAGAUCAUCAUGCACAUGAAAUUGUGUUCUAA